AUGAAACUGCUAAUUUUGGAGUCAUGUGAUAAAGUUGCAAAUUAUGCGGCUUAUCAUGUUAUGAAAAAGAUUAAUGAUUUUAAUCCAGGACCAGAUAAAUACUUCGUCCUAGGACUACCCACAGGGGGUACUCCUCUUGGGAUGUAUAAAAAUUUGAUCGAGUUCAAUAAAAAAGGAAAAGUAUCAUUUCAAUAUGUAAAAACUUUUAAUAUGGAUGAGUAUGUUGGUUUACCAAGAAAUCAUCCUGAAAGUUAUCAUACUUAUAUGUUUGAAAACUUUUUCAAACAUAUUGAUAUUGAUCCAAACAAUGUCCAUAUAUUAGAUGGUAAUGCUGCAGAUUUACAGGCAGAAUGUGAUAACUUUGAACAAAAAAUAAGUGAGGCUGGUGGAAUACGGUUAUUUAUUGGAGGAAUUGGACCAGAUGGCCAUAUAGCUUUCAAUGAACCUGGGUCUUCUUUGGCUUCAAGAACUCGAAUAAAAACUCUUGCUCAAGAUACAUUAGAAGCCAAUGCAAGAUUUUUUUCUAAUGAUAUAUCGAAGGUUCCAAAACUGGCGCUAACUGUGGGUGUAGGCACUGUAAUGGAUGCAUAUGAGGUUCUUAUAUUAAUAACUGGUUCUAAUAAAGCAUAUGCUCUACAUAAAGCUAUUGAAGAAGGUAUAAAUCACAUGUGGACAGUAUCAGCUUUCCAAAUGCACCCAAGGACAACAAUUGUGUGUGAUGAAGAUGCUACUCUUGAACUGAAAGUGAAGACAGUUAAAUAUUUCAAAGGAUUACCCAUAACAUAUUAA